AAAUUAUUAUUAAGAAAAAGGAUGAAAAGCCCAAGAUUUCAAGUACAAAUAUUUUGAAAACUGAUAAUGUUGAGGUAUAUACAGAUAAUAGACAUUAUAAUGAAAUGAAUAAGCGCUUCAAAUGUCCUUUGGCUUGUCAUAAGCACAAGAAAAAGACUCGCAAAGCUUUCAAGGGUAAAAAGUGCAAGAAAAAAAAUAUUAUGAAAAAAAAAUUAUAUUCUAAGAAUGUAAUCCAAGAAAAAAUAUCUUCAAAUAAAGCCAAAAUAGAACAACAGAAAUCGGUUACAACCAGUAAAAAGUAUCUGGAAAAUGAUACUGUUAAAGACUGUGAAGACUCUGAUUGUGAUAUUUUCAAAAAGUAUUUUGAAUUUCUCUCUGCUCACUCAAUUGAUGAUAAAGAUGUGAACGCCUUUAAGACUACUUGUUUUUCAAAAAAAUUGAAAGAUAAUGAAGAAUUGUGCCAUACUAGAAUGCACACCGGUGAGAAGCCUUAUGCGUGUGACGUUUGUAGCCGAUGUUUUUCACAGUCAUCAAGUUUGGUCCGUCACUACAGAACGCACACCGGCGAGAAACCUUAUGCGUGUGACGUUUGUAGCGUUUCGUUUUCGUAUAACAGUUCGCUAGUUAAACAUUUUAGAAAGCACACCAAUGAAAGCCCAUCCGUGAUAACAAACGUUUUUGAUGAAUCAUCAAAUAUGCAACAAAUUACUUUGGAAAAUGUUCAUAAAAAGCAUAACGCAUGCCAGCGAAAGUAUCUACCAGUGUAGUAUGUGUGAAAAGUUGUUCUUAACAUCCACUGAAUGUACGAAGCAUAUGUGGUUGAUACACCGAGACAACUAUUUUUAAACGCAUUAUCAAUAUGUACG